UUCCAGCAACUGUACUCCCAAUGAAUCCACCCAUCCUAGCUGAGCUGAGAUGGCUUUCGUGGCAUAAUCUUCCUCCAGUACUUACCCUGACCGCUUUUUCCAUGUUGAACAUGGUCAUUCUUGAUCUGUCAUGGAGUACGUUUUCGGAAAGUUGGGAUGGUUGGAGUCAUAUUAAGAUGGCAAGGAACUUAAAAGUUUUGAAUUUGACUGGUUGUGCACAAUUGCAAAGAACUCCUGACUUAUCUGCACAUGUAAAAUUAGAGCAGUUGAUCCUCGAAAGCUGUGGAAGAUUGGUUGAGAUUGACGAAUCUAUUGGCCAGUUGAAGCAGUUGGUUCUUCUGAACUUGAGGUUCUGUCGUAAACUUCGCAGGUUGCCAGAAGAGCUUGUGAACUUAGAAUCGUUGAAGGAACUUCUCAUUGACUGGACUUCUAUUAGAGAAAUCCCAGGGCCAGGAGGGAUGAAAAAACUCUAG